AUGAACAAUUUUCGCUUCUUCCUCCUCUUCUUGGCUACCGUAUCCAUGACAUUUGUCUACAGUAACCGAGUCGUUUUUGGGUUUACUAUCAUUUGUCAGCAAAGUGGAAAUGAGAGUGAAACGGAGACGAUUGUCGAGCCAGACUACUACCUAUUGGAUUCUCUAAAUAUCGCAUGGAUGUUCACUGCCACUGCAAUCGGAAUGUGUCUUGGUCCCGCUCCUUUCUAUUUUGCCAACUUUUUGAGUACACGAAUGCUAAUCUUUUCCUACGGAUUCCUCUCGGGAAUCAGUUCCAUUCUCUACCCAUUCGCCGACUCGUUAGGAUUCUGGCCUGCCCUUGUGUGCAGAUUCAUGGCUGGAUUCGCACAAGCAAGUCAGCUACACUUUACGAAUGACAUUGUCCUUCGAUGGACUCCUCAAUCAGAAGCUUCAUUCUUCUUUUCCAUCAUGUUGGCCACUUCGCAAUUCGGUCCAUUGUUCACCAUGAUUCUGGGCGGUGAAAUGUGUUCUUCCUCAUUUUUCGGUUGGGAAGCCACCUACUACAUUCUGGGAGUAGGUACACUCGCCGCGUCGAUUGCAUUCGCUUAUUAUUAUUCGGAUAGUGUGGAGGAGAAUCCAAACCUCGAAGAAUCAGAGAAAAAGUACAUUCUUGCCGGAAAGCACUCACUCAAAGAAAACGAAGCAGUUCCGUACAAAGCACUUCUUCAAGAUUGGACCAUUUGGAUUAGUUUAUUGAUGUUCACUGGUUAUUACUUGGCAAUGAUUGUCUACCAACAGUACUCUCCAAUUUUCAUCAAACAAGUUCUUCAUUUCACGAUUCGAGAAACUGGAUACUUUUCUGCGAUUCCACAGUUCAUAGCGAUUUUCAUUAAAAUUGGAUGCGGAAGGUUGUUGGAUGUGAAAUGGGGAUGUGGUCCAAAACUGACCCUUGUCAUCCCACUUCUAAUUCUCGAAUCCGCCAGUGCCUUUUCUCUUUUUCUCACUGGAUUCCUGGAUGACCGUGUGUGGGCGUUGAUUUGCAUGAUGAUCUUCGCAUCUCUUCACUUCUUCGUUCCCGUCAUUUGCAGUAGAACGAUUCAAAUUAGAGCCGUUCAACAUUCUCAUUUUGCUCUGAACUUGAACAUGGUGAUUGCUGGAAUUGCACAGAUUUUGAUUCCGUUGGGAGUGCAAGCGGCGGUUCCAGAUAAUUCUAGAAGUCAGUGGGCCCUUGUCUUCUACUUCCUCGUCAUAAGCGUCGUCAUCACUUCGAUCCUCUACACAGUCUUCUCAAAAGUGGCACCUGCCGAAUGGACGAUGCAGAAGAAGUCAUCGGAAUACACUAUUUAUCGAUUAUCUGAUAUUUCACCACCUGAACCCAUCACAAUUCCCAUGCCGAAAGAAUGCAAAUUUUAG